GUCUAUCACUGCGGACCGACAGAAAUAAACGGUGGCGCGCCUACAUGAACACAUGAACACGGACGCUCACUGGAAGACACGAGCACUCUUACCCGAGUUCCUAAAGGUUUCCAGGUGAAUCGCCUGUGUGUUCUUCACGAUGUGUGUCGUUCUGCGUGUGUGUGUGUUGUUGAUGGUGUGUUGUAUAAGCAGUGUUGUGUCUCAGUCUCAGUCAUAUGGAGAGAGAGGUUCUGAUCUGGGCCUGCAGGUGUUUUUGCGUGUGGUCCAGAAUAAACCUCAGGAGAAUGUGGUCCUGUCCCCUCACGGCGUGGCCUCUGUUCUGGGCAUGCUGCUCCAAGGGGCUCAUGGGGACACUCGUCUCCAAUUACUCAUGGGUCUCAAAUACAAGAAGACGGGUCCGUACAAGAUGUUGCGAAAACUCCAUAAAUCCCUGACGACUAAAUCCAACGCUGAUAUCGUGACUAUUGCCAACGCGCUGUUCCCCAAAGACGGUUUCAGCAUACAUGAAGAUUUUCUGACAGCCAACAGAGAGAACUUCAUGUGUGAGAGUCAAAACCUUGACUACAGCGAUCCGCAGAAGGCUGCGGACGCCAUUAAUGAAUGGGGGAAGAACAAAACCAAAGGCCAUAUUCCCAGUCUUGUUCAGCCAGAUAUGUUGGAUCCAACUCUGACCCGGUUAGUGGCGGUAAACUCCAUUUACUUUAAAGGCCUGUGGAAGUCACGAUUCCAGGCCCAAAACACUAAACUCAGAAGCUUCACCACAGCGGACGGAAAAUCAUACAAAGUACCCAUGAUGUCUCAGCUCUCUGUAUUCAACAUAGGUCAAGCGAGCACUCCAGGCGGUGUGAAGUAUACAGUGAUUGAACUGCCCUAUCAUGGCAACAGCAUGAGUAUGUUCAUUGCAGUGCCAUCAGAAGACACCAUGCCCCUGUCUGCCAUCUUGCCACAUAUUUCCACGGCAACCGUCCAAAGCUGGCCCAAACUGCUGGCCCAGAGGAGAAUGCGCUUCUUGAUGCCAAAGUUCACAGCUGAGGCAGAAGUGGAUUUGGAGGCUCCUCUUACGGCGAUGGGAAUCAAAGAUCUGUUCAAUGAGGCCAAAGCUGAUUUCGGACAUAUGAGUUCAGAUCCUAUCUAUGUGUCUAAAGCCCUGCAGAAAGCCAAGAUAGAAGUAAAUGAAGAUGGAACUAAAGCUUCUGCCACAACAACUGCUAUCUUGCAUGCCCGAUCUUCUCCUCCAUGGGUGAGCGUGGACAGACCAUUCCUGUUCCUCAUCAGACAUAACUCCACAGGCACUGUUCUGUUUGCUGGCCAGAUCAACAAACCUUGAGGCAAAAAUCUAAAAUAUUUGAACACACAUCAACACACACAAAUAUAUAAACUCUUGUCUUGGACUGCAUCUUCUGUACCCACAGAUCUCUCGUUGUCUUUUAAGUGUUUUUAACGCUUCGUUUUCACGUUUGGUUUGGUUUCAUUAGACAACAGCAUGUAUUUGACUGCUGAUAUCUUUAUACUAUUGGGUUUUUAUAAGGUUUUAUACAUAGUUCAUAACUUGUGUCAAAUGCAAAACAUUCAAAAUUUGUGACUAAAAACUAAACUAAAUUGUUGUUCGCAUUGCGAUUUUUAUUAUUCGUAUUAAACUGUCCUUAAUAAAAUGUCAGUUAAUUUGUUAGUUGUAGUUAAUUUCAUAUGAAUUCUAUGUUUUACAUCAUUAAGUUACAUUUUAUUAAAUAUGGUACUUAAAAGGG